CGGGGAGCCCGGGGGUGCGGGCGCCGCGGCCUCUAGUGUCCCCGAGCGAGCGAGCGAGCGAGCCAGCCAGCCAGGCGGGGAGCCCCGGGCCUCGCAGCUCCCCGCGCCAUGAAGAAGAGCAACCCGGCCAAGCGGGGGCCCCAGGAGGGGAGCCAUCUGUCGGCGCCCCCCGAGAAGCUCGGCUGGGUCCGGAAAUUCUGCGGGAAAGGCAUCUUCAGGGAGAUCUGGAAGAACCGCUACGUGGUGCUCAAGGGCGACCAGCUCUACGUGGCCGACAAGGAGGUUAAAGAUGAGAAAAAUAUCCAAGAGGUGUUUGACCUGAGCGACUAUGAAAAGUGUGAAGAGCUACGGAAGUCCAAGAGCAGGAGCAAGAAGAACCACAGCAAGUUCAUGCUCGCCCACUGCAGACAACCCGGGAACACGGCACCCAACCUGGUCUUCCUGGCAGUGAGUCCAGAGGAGAAGGAAUCCUGGAUCAGUGCCCUAAACUCUGCCAUCAUCCGAGCUAAGAACCGCAUUUUGGAUGAGGUUACCGUCGAGGAGAGCAGCUAUCUCGCCCACCCCACCCGAGAUAGAGCAAAGAUCCAGCACUCUCGUCGCCCACCGACUCGGGGGCACCUAAUGGCUGUGGCUUCCACCUCUACCUCGGAUGGGAUGCUGACCUUGGACCUGAUCCAGGAGGAGGACCCUUCCCCAGAAGAGCCUGCCUCCUGUGCCGAGAGCUUCCGCGUGGAUCUGGACAAGACUGCAGCACAACUGGCGGGCUGUCGGCGGAGGGCUGACUCGGAUCACAUCCAGCCCUCUGUGGACCACACCCUCUCCCAGCCUUGGGAGAAGCCCGACAAGGGCGCCCCCUACACCCCACAGGCCCCCAAGAAGUUGACCCCCACUGAGAAGAGUCGCUGUGCCUCCCUGGAGGAGAUCUUGGCCCAGCGGGACCCUGGCCCAGUUUGGCCCUUCCAGCUGCUGCCCAAGGACUCCUCGACCCCCAAUGCACCCCACCCAGGCCAGCUGUCCCGGAUCCAGGACUUGGUGGCCAGGAAAUUGGAGAAGACUCAGGAGCUGCUGGCUGAGGUUCAGGAACUGGGGGAUGGGCAGUGGAAGGCCCAGCAGCCACCUCGGUCUCCCCCUGGCUCCGAACCCCAACAGCUGCUACAGGAGACUGAGCGGCUGCUGGGAGAGGCAUCGUCCACGUGGAGUCAGGCCAAGCGGGUGCUGCAGGAGGUCAGGGAGCUUCGGGACCUGUACCGGCAGAUGGACCUGAGGGGCCCUGAGCCACAACCUGCAAAGGCCACCCUGCACACACAGUUCCGCAAAAGCCUGAUGUGACCAGAAUCAAACUCAGGGCUGCCACAGACUUUUCCCUCGCAGUGUCCCAGAAGUUUUUUUUAUUUACAUCAGUCAAAAAAAAAAAAACUAAAAACAAAGAAAAUGAAAACACAAUGAAUUUGUUUGCUCCUACUGAUGGCUGAGCCCUACAAA